CUAGUAGAGUGAAGAGAGAGCGAGAGGUACGGAGGAGAUCAGCAGUCGCGAGCGUGAAUAUGGCGGAGACCGUACGCUCUCUCUUCGACUACCGGGAGGCGCAGACCCUGGACAGCGACGGAGAUGGCAUCAAACCGGCACCACCGCCUCGGGGGCGCGGUUGUGGAAGAAAACGGAAGGGGACGCCAGUGAAAGUCUUUGUCACCCAGAAUGAGGAGGAGAAUGUUCCAGAACACAGCUUCAACACAGGAGACAGGAAGGAGACCCCCGACGGCAAGCGGUCAGCCCAGGACGGACCCCCGUACCAUACAGACCCCACUCCUCACAACUGUGGUCCGUCGGAGCAUGCGGACGAGGGGGGAUCAGGCGGGGUGAAGGCCGCCUCCUGCUCGGCCUCGACGGCUCGCUCCUCCCAGGCCCCCGCCUCUAGCCCCGCCCCCACCGCUCCCCAGGCCCCGCCCCCGCCCCCCGCACAGGGCGCCUUCCCCCCCUCCCCCAACUGCCGCAUCCGCGAGGUGCACUGUGGCAGCCAGGUGAGGCUGGUGGUCAUCGCCAUCCGGGACAUCGUCAGGGGCGAGGAGAUCACCGUGGACUACAGCCUGACGGAGUGGGGCGAGAACCUGGGUUUCCGUGGUCCCGUGUCACCAGGGCGAUACGAGUGUAACUCUGACCCGGAGAACAACAACAACAACAUCAUUAAAAAGGAAGAGGAACCUCUCCCCCUGACCGCCAACCAGCGACAGCAGCAGCAGCAAGAGUAUCUCACCCCUUCCUGGUCCCUCUCCCCUUCCUCCUCCCCCGUCUCCCACUCCGACGGCAGCGACUCCGAGCCUGGGAACGACGAGGGCCGCGCCCGCACCGUCCAGCGCCAGCGCCGGCGCCGCCGCGUGCCCCACACCAAGAAGAAGACCCUUAUCCGCACCACGCACAGCAACACCCCCGUGGGCUCCCCCACACGCCCCUACCGCCCCAGCCACUCCCCCCUGGCGUCCUCCCCCCCUCCCCCACACUCCUACGGCCCCUCCGCCUCCUCCUCCACCGGCCACACCUUCAAAGCCCCCACCCCGCUGGGGGCGAGCACGCCCCACGCCAGCGCACUGAAGGGCGUCAUGGCCAUGGACGCCCAGCGCCAGACCUGCGAGUACUGCGGCCGCCACUUCCGCUCGCUCGGCCGCCACCUGGACAAGCACCACGCGCACCAGCCCGACGUCUGCUCGGCGCUGGUGGAGCGCUACACCCAGAUGCCCCGCCUCCAGGUGCACCGCGGCCCCCCCUCCUCCCCCGCGCUCGCCAACCUGUCGCCCCGCUCCGGGCCCUCCGCGCCCAGCGCCCAGCAGCAGAUGCACCCCCAGCACCACCCGCCGCAGGGUGUGGUGCAGGACCUCUCCAUGUCCCCGCCCACCCUCACCGCCGCCAACCAAUCGCCCACGUCCACCGGCAGGAGCUCCGCCCCCCCGCCCGCCCUGAGCCCCACCAGGGGCCGCGGGGCCGUGCCGGUGUCGGUGUUGAAGCGCAGCCCGCCGCCCCCCGCUGCGACGGCGGCGGCGGCGGCGAGGAAGGGCUCCGUGAGGAGGCACGGUGAGGAAGAGGAGGACGACGACGAGGUGGAGGUGGUGGACGUGAAGAGACCCAAGGAGGAAGAGGAGGAGGAAGAGGUGGAGGUGGUUUGCCCGCUCACGUUCAACGGCACCUCCCACGUGAAGGAGGCGGAGCCCCAGCUGAAGAGAGAGGAGCGCAAGGAGGAGGGGGAGUACCAGGCAGAGGACGAGGAGGAGGAGAACGGAGUGAUGGACGUGGACGACGACAGCGCCGCAGAGGACAAGGAGAAAGAUCUGAUGAGCAGCUCGGGCCGCCUCCACAUGCUGCCGCUGCUCUCCUCGCUGUCCUCCCUGGUGCUCUACCUGCGCCGCCUGCAGCACUCGGCCUUCCUGUCCCUGUCGCGCCAGCUGCAGUCGGCCGAGGCCUGGCGCCUGCUCUGCCACUCCAGCCUGGCGCUGCUCAUCCUCUACAACCGCCGGCGCGAGUGCGAGGUGUCCAAGCUCUCGGUGACGGAGUACCGCGCCCGCCUCAUCCCCCAGUGCCCCGUGCCCGUGCCCGUGGGGGCGCCCCCGGCCCUCACCCCCCUGGAGGCCUCCCUCUCCCCCUUCGAGCGCCUGGUGCUGCCCCACCUGCCCCGCGUGGGCGUGCAGGGCAAGCGGGGCCGCGUGCAGCCGCUCAUCCUGCCGCCGCACUGCGAGCCCUGCCUCGAGCUGCUGCUGCAGACCCGGCUGGACGUGGGCGUGGACCCGGCCAACCCCUACGUGUUCGCCCGGCCCUACCACUCGCCGGCCACGCCACUCCGGGGCACCGACCUGCUGCGCAGCCUGGCGCGCUCCAGCGGCACGCGCAACCCCCGCGCCCUCACCCAGACGCGGGUCAGGCGGCAGGUGGCCAUCCUCACCCAGCUGCUGCUGCUGGGGGAGGGGGAGGAGCCGGGCCAGCCGGGGGGCGGGGCCGUGGAGCGGCUGGAGAACUUCCUGGAGAGGGAGUACCACGUGACGCAGAACUGCGCCGGGAUCGGCCAGGACCCGGGCCUGAUGGGCCGGGUGGGCCGCGUGGUGCUGUGCGGGGAGAGGGACGGCGUGCUGUUCCGCGGCAUGAGCCUCCAUCACAUCUGCCUGGAGCUGGACGUGAUGUCCGGUAACUCUGCAGACUCGUACUCGGAGGGGGGAGAGUCGGACGGCGAGCAGGGCAAGGAGAAGCCCCCUCCCGAGACCCCCUGCCCCGCCCCCGCCCCCACCCCGGCCCCGCCCACCCCUACCCCCACCAUGCUGUUCGUCCGCAAGGGGAAGAACAACGGCCGGGUUGGGCGGCCCAAGAAGAUGAAGAACAUGCAGGCGGUGCUGGCCGCCGCCGCCGCAGCGGGGGGCGCCGUGCCAGCCGUGGGCGCCGGGCUGGUCAAGGGGAAGAGGAGCUCCUCCGGCCAGCAGCAGUCAGGUAAGCGAGGGGUGCUGAAGCGGCCGUGGUCGGAGGCGGAGCGUGCCGCGGUGGAGGAGCACCUGACGCGCAACAUCGCUGAGCUGCGUGUGCCGGCCAAGGCGGACUGCGAGCGCUGCCUGCAGCAGUGCCCCCUGCUGGUCAGCAACCAGCGGGACUGGCGCGCCAUCAAGUUCUACUGCCACAACCGCAUCCAGCUGCUGAAGAAGAACCAGCGCCGCGACGGGGACCCGCUGCCCCUCAUCGUCUGCUGAGGGAGAAACCAGGGGGGAGGGAGGGAGGGAGGGAGGGAGGCAGGGGGUGGGUUGGUGGGUUAAUCCUAUCCUAAAAAAAAUAUUUUUUUUUGUUUUAUUUUGGUAGCGAAAAAUAUGGACAUCCAAUCCCCCUGGGUUCUCCCAGGGCUUAGAGCUGCACUAAGUUUGUUUGGCGUGCUGAUGGUUGUGCGAGCGGAGUGCGAUUUUGCCUCCCGGCGGUUUGGAUUUGGCGGCUGUUUGUUGUGUCGAGCCGUCUGAACGUUCUGUUUUUCGUUCUAGUUCAUUUUUUAAGUGCACUAUUUAAAAGGUCUUAAAGUGCCGUUGUGAAAACGAUGCGCUUCCAAUCAAGCGGUGGCGCGUCAUGUUUCAGUUUGUUUUUCGGUAAAGGGUGAGAUAGAGAUAUGUCCCUAACUUUACAGACCACAGCGUAGUACACCGGCUACUGUGGAACUCUAUAUAAGCUUUAUUUGGUAUGGUUAUCCCUCUCGAAGUAGACACUAAGCGGGAGAGCCCAACGGUGUUGUUGUUUAACGACAGUUUACUAGAAGGCAUUACUGGUUUUUACUGUUUGCGUUAGCUACCUGUUCCAUGUUAGCUACCGGUUUCUGAGACGUUGGAGGAUAAACAGCCUCUGGUAUUUGUCCAUACUUUAGCUUUCUGGUCGCACAUGACCAUGUAGUGGCCCCAGUUAUUAUUCAAAUAAGACUAACUGUUAAGCCUGGACUGAAUAGUGAGAGUUCUCUGUGAAACAAGCUCGUUCCUACACAUUGUUUAACUUUGGACCGCUUAUUUGGACGUUUAAGGUACUGCUGCGUAUUGAAUGUUUGUUACUUUAUUGGUCCAGUUUGACCAAGGGGAUUCAUUUCUUAACGAUACACACACAAAUGUAAAGUGAGAGAAAAUAAAACCUGGAAAAACUCAAAAUACGGGAGUGACCCAUCUCCCCGAAAUACUCUUGAUUGUAGGCCAAGGAAAAAGUGGAUGUUUUCUUUUUGAAUGCCUCUGAUGUGUAGUUAAACCACAUCAGAAUCACUUUGUUGUCAGUUGGUACGGGAAUCAGAAAUGCGUUUCCCCUCAGCAAGAGUAUGUGCCCAUCUGCGUCCACCCUCUCCAUUGGCUUUCUGUACGUAUUGCGCAUUCGUUGUUGGCAGGAAGAAAAUAAAAAAAACACUUGGCUGUUUUGACGUGGUUGUGGAUAUCAUCCAGUAGGGGCAAAUAAAUCCCCGCCCAUUGGUUUAUAUAUAAUACGUUGUACAAAAGUUGUCUUUCUGACCGAUGAUCGGAGAAGUUGAAUGUUAAACCUUUUGCCACGAAAAUGUUCUUGCUUGUUGAACACAAACUGUAUAUCAUACUGUUUCAGUACAUCAUACACAGAAAAUGUCAUACAGUUCAUGAUAUAUACACUGUACAUCAAACAGUUUGACAUACAGUGUACACCUCAUAAAGUUCACAAUAUAUAUAAGUGCACAUCAAAAAGUGUGACGUACAGUGUACACGUCAUACAGUUCAUGAAAUAUACAGUGUACACAUCAUAGAGUUAAUGAUAUAUACAGUGCACAUCAAACAGUGUGACAUACAGUGUUCACAUCAUACAGUUGAUGAUAUAUACAGUGUUCUACAUUAAGUGUACAUUCGGUUAUACAUAUAGUCAUACGUUGUGUGUUUGUGUGUGUUACAUUCUAUAUGUCAUGCAGUCUACACCAUCCAGUGUGUAUAUAUAGCUGUCAGUCCCAUCCUGGCUCCGUUCUCCUCAGCUUAACGUAACGUGGUUCCAUGGCUUCUCUGGUCGUGGCUGGAAGCCGUCUCUAUGGGACUACCUGCUACCAGACAGAUACUUGAAGUGAUUGAGAUAAUCCAAGUGAUCUGUCAUGCUCUGGUCAUGCCAGUUACUUUGUACAUAACAAAUAUAUUAUUAUAUUAUGCUAACUGGUUGUUCGUGAUAGACUUUAUCUGGCUGUUUUUUUUUUUUCUUUCCAUUCUGGAGUUGUUGUUAUUUGUACAUAACCAUGUUUGUAAAUAAGACCCAUAGAAACACAAAGGAAAAAAAAACACAAUGUAUAAAAUGCCUUGGUUAUCGUGUUAUGUUUCUUUUUAUAAGUCUUAUAAAAAUGUAAAGCUUCA